AUGUUAUCAUGUUGUGCAAUCGUGUACACCAUCGUUACGAUUCCUAUUGUGUGGCUCUUUUCCGGCUUGUUUUAUCAGGCUCGUGGGAUUGAUGACCGCAACAAAUUGCCAUAUUUUCCGUACAGAGACGACGGGGAGAUAAUUUACAAAGCAAUUGAGGAUCUCAUGAAAGACGUAGUAAACUUGUGAGUACAGAUUAAAUACCAUCCUACUGACACUACCCUGGCCUGAUUCGAACAAGUUGACUUUAGCAACGUUGGGAUUACGAUUUAACGCAAUUUGAUAACGUAAUAUGAUAUUACUUUAGAUAUGUUACUGAAUUUAGUGCCCAUUAAGCAGUAUCUUUUGGACUAAACAGAUUUCAAGAAAAUAAAAUAACCAACUACCAUGCAUCUAGUAUAAAGAAACUGGAAGUCAACACAAAACAAAAUUCAAAUUCUUGGCUUCAGGUGACGGUAGAAUAAGCAGAUUCAGCAAAGACUGCUUAACAUCAAAAGAAAACGCGAAAUCGCGCAGAAAGGAAUGAGCACGACCAGUUCGGUGCUCGAUUUGCUGCUCUGCUAUUGGCCAAGUCAGUUUUUAGGUCUGCGCGCCGUUGUUAAUUGUGGUCGCGUUAUCCUCUCUUAAUCUGUCUAAUGUUGAAAGUUUUCAGUCUUUCUGGCCAUGACCAAUCACAGACCGCGGUUUGCCGUAGAAAUCGUAGGUUAAAGAUAUUUCGGGUAUUAAUGAAGUGACUUUUACAUUCAGCUUUUACACCGCUGAAAAGGAUGUACUACAGGAUUACGAAAUCCAAGGCUUUGCUAACGAAAUGUCUGCCCAAGGACUAGGGAGUAAUGGCGGCAAGGGAAAGGUACGAAUAAACUCAGUAAUUUGUUAUUUGCCUUUUUUUCCGGAUUUGAGUUUUUAUUGUCUGAGGAGCGAACUCUAACAACCGCUGAAGUACGAACUUGUUCUAGGCUUUGUGCACUCGAAACUUACAAGCUUUUCGAGAAAAAAAGUAUUUUUCUUUGAGGAAGUACUGGAGAACCUGUUAAAGAAAACUUUCCCAGAAAACGCUAUAAAUGCAAGAACCAUUUUAGGCUAACUUAGACAAAUGCUGAUUCUUAUAUGCGGAUAAUUAAUGAAAAUUGCUAAAAGAAAUUUCUUGUUGGGGUCUUUUUUCCAGCUUCGUGGUUUCCCACCCGCAAUUAACUCCAAGGUAUUGUUGGUAAAUAUUUUUACCCGUCUCAUCUGGACUGCAAGUGCACAGCAUACUGCUGUUAAUUACCCAAUCGCGGCUUACGGGGCAUUCACGCCGAAUAUGCCCACGAAGAUUUACGACGACGAUCGAGUGGCACCCGAAGUAUUCAACGCUUUCCGACUGCCAAACGGAUUUGUGUCGGCAGUAAGUAAAGAAAGUAAAUUUUAACUAAUUAUGGAAUGUAUACCAAGCGAUGAUCAAGUAAUUGAUACUUGACAGACUGUGAUUUAUCGAUGGAAUCAAAGCGUUUUCAUCUUUCGUCUGUGUUACCUCUUGUUACAAUUGCCUUGUCAACAAGCUCCUUUUGUGUUUGGCUGUUAAAACUUGACAAAUCAGGGGACCGGAGCGAAGGUAAUGACCACGGGUGACCACGUAAGGGCGAUCAGGUCACGCUUCUCGCGGAACGCAGGGAUUUUUGUGUCGGCUUGACCAUUUUACAGUCCUCUGCUUGGUAUCCUAGCCUGUGAGUGAAUACGAGGUUGACGAUGAACUUUCUUUCCUUUUUAUGUAUGCUACAAAAAGAUUGGUUGACGUAAGCAUGGAGGAUUGUCUCAAAACUAGGUCAACCCGUGCAGCGUUGCUUCCACCAACAACUGUUAACUGGUCUAUUCCAGAGACAAAAAUCGCGGGAGGGGGCAUUCCCAUAAAUUUCGUACAGGUGUGUACCGCCCAGGGUCUUACACCCUGAUCCUAUUUUAGGAUGAAAAAACGAAAACUGAUACCCUCAAGCCUGAAAAAUCAGACCCAAUUCAGAUAUAAUAACGGGACCCUAUCUAUGGAUCACACCGGGAACUCAACGCCAACAAUGGUAAAAAUGAUACGUUACACUUUUUACGGAUGGAGACCCUCAAAAAUCCAUACCCUUCAUAGCGGAACAUACCUAUCUAGCCCAUACAAAGGAGUAGCCCCAUCUCCGGGGGACAAAACCGGUGUGUUUUCUCCAUUUUUUAAAAAAUUGUUUCAUUGCAGGUUCAAGCCGGUGUAGCCAUGAGCUUGGGUUCACUCCGUCUGGAUCGACUGUUCGACUACGGAGCGCGGCUCAGUGAUCAGGCGAGCAGUGUUAUUGUCCUGAAACACUACAAUCGACUGCACUCGGCAGUCAAACCCCUCCUGGAGAAGAGGAAUAAACAGCGGUUUCAGGAGGGGUACCUCACAUAUCCGUACCUUAGCCCAGCUUGGAUACCUAACAGUAUUUGCACUUAA